AUGUGCCUUACCCUUGAUAGCCAUGUGGCUUCUUGUGCUGCCCAUGAACUUGCAUUGUCUAGGAUUUUCCGGAAGAAAUUUCUUAAAUAUGCUAAGUCAAAAGUUGGUCUCAGUCAUUCUUUUAACAACGUCGAUGAUCAUGAAGAUGUCAAACUUGUCUGGAUACCUUUUGUGAUAGAAAUUCAGCUUGAGUACCCAAAACAGAAAAUAGAUUACAGCUGGUUUUACCGAAUUCAAAGUUUGGUAAUUUUGAAAUUAAAAACAGAAGAAUCUAUGGCAUUGCUGUCAACUCUAGGAGGAGGUUUCUCUGCUCUUGGAGAUUACUAUGAAAAACAUUCUCUUGAAGCUGGUAAAAUAGCAUUACGGCAACUUAAGAUUGCAUUUAUGAUAUGCGACCCCUUGAUAGCCGCCCGGUGUUACUUGUACAUAGCACUUAGCCUCAUGCAAAGGGGUUACCUGAAAAAAUCAAAACUUAUCAUCAGAAAGCAGUAUUCAUUUGCUAAGGAUCACUUUAUCAAAGACUAUCGCUUGAUUGCUAUGUGCAGAGGACUGUGGUCACGUUUGCAGUUUAUGUAUUAUUUACACCGAUUGAAGAGGCAAGGCAUUGCUUGUAGUGUACAACAUGGGGUAUUAACAGAAUAUUAUUCUGAUUAUAAUACAUGCAAUGCUUGGUCCCAGACAAGUGGACAGGAUGAAAAUAGAAUCUCAGUUGAUCUUGGAGCCUCAUGA